UAGUCUAUAAUGUUGUCUGUUUAUCUGAGAUUUCGUUGAAAGAUAGAGAUAUGGCUGGAAUUAGCCAGGAAAGGUAGGAUUUUGAUGAUGAUUGGCGCAGAAUUGGUCGAGUCGUUUAGUUUACGUUAUGAGCUUUAGUCAUGGUUGAAGGACAACACUGCUGUUUGAAGCCUCUGUGGAAGCAAGAGAGAUAAUAAAUACAUUAGAAAAGGCAAUGGUCACCACUUGCACAUGUUAGGAAUUGAUUUUCAUUAACAUAUACAAGCUGUUGCUUCUCUUUGACGUACUGUGAGCCAUGGGGGAUUGGGUUAUUGGAGCCGUGAUCAAUAUAAUUGGGAGCGUUGCCAUAAAUUUUGGGACAAAUCUUCUAAAAUUAGGCCAUGAGCAGCGUGAGAAGCUUUCUACUCUUAGUGAGGAUGGAGGCAAUGACAAGCUUAUUCCAAAACCGAUCAUACAUUUUCAUACUUGGAGAGUUGGUAUUCUCUUCUUUGCUCUGGGAAACUGCCUUAACUUUGUUUCUUUUGGAUAUGCUGCACAGUCCCUUCUUGCAGCACUGGGUUCGGUUCAGUUUGUAUCCAAUAUUGCAUUUGCUUACUUUGUAUUGAGUAAGACGGUAAAGAUCAAGGUAGUGAUAGCCACGGCUUUUAUUGUUUUUGGCAACAUCUUCCUAGUUUCUUUUGGAAAUCAUCAGUCACCUGUUUAUACGCCGACCCAGUUGUCUGAGAAGUUUAGUAAUCUCGUAUUUCUUGUUUACUGCCUGAUUUUGAUGAUGGUUGUUGUUACCAAUCACUACAUUUACAGGAAAGGAGAAGAUUACCUAUCAGUUUCUGGACAUGAUUUAAGCCCCUACUGGCGUAUGUUACUGCCAUUUACCUAUGCCAUUGUUUCUGGUGCUGUGGGUUCUUGCUCUGUGUUGUUUGCAAAAUCACUAUCUAAUAUGCUCAGACUGACAAUGAGCAGCAAUUAUCAGUUUCACAGCUGGUUUACGUACUCCAUGUUGCUUCUGUUCCUCAGCACAGCAGGGUUUUGGAUGGCCAGAUUGAAUGAGGGACUUUCUCUCUUUGAUGCAAUCCUUAUAGUGCCCAUGUUUCAGAUUGCAUGGACUUUCUUCUCUAUAUGUACAGGAUUUGUUUAUUUCCAGGAAUAUCAAGUUCUUGAUGCAUUGAGAACAACAAUGUUUAUAUUUGGAAUGGCAUUUGUCUUUGUAGGCAUUUCCUUGUUAGCACCUAAUGAUUCUGAAGGGGUUGAAACAAAAGGUUCUGCUUUGCCUUCUACAACUCAAGGCCUUCCCACUGAUAAAAACAGGCUUGCUGUUCCUGUGACAGAAGAAAGUGGAAUGGAUGAUGUGAAAUCAUUCAUACAGACAAUUCUAUCAAGGGCUAAAUCUAUGAUACUAAAGGCGAAGGCUGCUUGCUCUCUUUCUGUAGGACUAGGAGAGGAGGCACUUGGUGCAUCUUCAGUUCUCGGUGCAUCUGCAGUACUUGUAAUGCCUAUGGUAUCUUCAAGGACAACAGGAUUUAGAGAGAAUAUUUUUGAUCGUGCAAAGUUCAGUUCUCUAAGGAAUUCUAGUUGGAGCAAUCUUUCAGUUGAUGGAGAUGACGAUGAUAUGGAUUCAAGGGAAACAAGAUCUUUGCUUUCAUAACAAUUGGGUAUUGUGGACAGUAAAUUUCAUUAGUUGUUCACGAUAUGGGUCUCUUUUCUUUCAUUAUUACCAUCUCUCCUUAUGUAUUGUAUAGGACUAAUUUUUUUUCUUAUAUAAUUAUAAUGUUGUUGUAAAUUAUUAUUCUCUUGAUAACAUUCUCUUGGGAUUUUUUCGUGACA